UCUUCUUUUGUUGAAUAUUAUAUGAAACGUAUGUGUCGUUGGAUUUACUUGGGUCGCCAUUCCUUGUUGCUGGCCUUUUGUAUCUACUGUUGCUGUUGAACGUGUCUCCUUGGGUUUUGGAUUAUUAUUGGUGACUUGAUCGGGGAGGUGGUGAGGGGAUUUGGAUUGGGCUCCUUUUCUUUGCCGCUCGAGGCUUCUUAGUCUUUGGAGAGGAAGAAGAAAAAGUCUAGAAGGAUGAGAGGAGACGGAGCUGCAACUGCAAACUACUUUGUGUUAAAUACAGGGGCUAAGAUUCCAGCUAUAGGACUUGGAACAUGGCAAUGUGGAGGAGACAUCUGCAUUGAGGCAGUGGCCACAGCUUUGAAGGUUGGUUACCACCACAUAGACUGUGCGCACCUAUACGGUAAUGAGGUUGAAGUGGGAAAGGCUCUGGCUGAAGCUUUUGAUGGUGGACUAAAGAGGGAAGAUGUGUUCUUGACUUCCAAACUGUAUUGUGCUACAAAUUCACAUAAGAGAGUUGAAACUUCUGUAAGAGUUUCUUUGAAGAACCUAGAUGUUUCCUAUUUGGAUCUAUAUCUUGUACAUUGGCCUGAGAAUUCAGCUUUUGGAGAUGCUACUGAUCCUCCAUGGAAUUCAGGGAGUGAAUAUAGGCAGUUCUUGCAUCGGUUAAAGCCAACAUGGAGGGCCAUGGAAGAUCUUGUGGAGAUGGGUCUUGUUCGUGCUAUUGGUGUUAGCAAUUUCAAUCUUCAGCAGAUUAGUGAAUUGCUUCAGUUUGCAAAGAUUGUUCCAGCUGUCAAUCAGGUGGAGUUGCACCCUUUUUGGAGGCAGGACGAAGUUGUAAAGUUUUGUCAAGAGAAAGGUAUCCAUGUAUCUGCUCAUACUCCAUUAGGAGUACCGACAGCUCCUGGUAUGUCAACCACCAGUCCUGGUCUGUCUGACAGUGGAUCAGAGGAUGAACCUGGAACUCCUAGAAUAACAUUUAGAAGGUCAAGAUCAGUGCAUGGACCAAUGCUGAAGCUUUCUGUUGUUGAAGAUAUUGCAGAAUGCCACAACAAGACAGCUGAGCAGGUCAUCCUGAGAUGGGGGCUACAGCGAGGAACUAGUGUGCUCCCAUGCAGCCUAAAGUCGGAGAAGAUCAUCAGAAAUAUAGAUAUUUUUGAUUGGUCACUUUCGGAUGCGGAAUGGAAUAGGUUGAACGAGAUUGAACCACAGGUAUGCCUUUUUGGAAAUUGGCCUGUGAACACAUCUGAAAGUGGGUUUCUGUCAGGAAGCGGUCCUCUCCAGGCAGUGCACGAAAUGGAAGAUGAUACUGAAUGAGAUUCUUGAUCCCUACUACUAUCUCCUGAGAUAUUAUAAACUAUAAGAAAUUAUCAUUUUAGACGUGAGAGAUUUUACAAAUAUUUCUGGACCAUCAAAAAUUGAUGGAAUUCUGUCAAGCUUUUCUGUUAGUUUCUGCUUUCACUUCAUGUAGUAGCGUGUAAUAUUUUUGCUUCAACUUUUCCUGUAAAAACUGUCCCCCCCCCCCCAAAAAAAAAGUAAAAAAAACUUCCCUUAUGUCAGCACUUCAACAACCUUCAACUCUAAAAGAUCAUUAUCUAAGCCUUUUCCA